AUGCCUCCCAGUGAGAAUAAUCGGAAACCGCCGACUGCGGCAGUCAACCUCAUCGCCGGAGGCGGUGCCGGUAUGAUGGAAGCCCUCGCCUGUCAUCCCCUCGACACAAUCAAAGUAAGAAUGCAGCUCUCAAGACGGGCAAGACAACCUGGCGCCCCCAAACGCGGCUUCAUCAAAACGGGCGUAGAAAUCGUCAAGAAAGAAACCCCCCUCGGUCUGUACAAAGGUCUCGGCGCCGUGCUUACAGGCAUCGUCCCCAAAAUGGCUAUCCGCUUCACGUCCUUCGAAGCGUACAAGCAGUUCUUCGCCGACAAGACCACCGGCAAAGUCUCCGGCCAGGCGACCUUUGUUGCAGGCCUCGCCGCCGGUGUGACCGAGGCCGUUGCCGUCGUCACCCCCAUGGAGGUCAUCAAGAUCCGGCUCCAGGCGCAGCACCACUCCAUGGCGGACCCCCUCGACGUGCCCAAGUAUCGCAAUGCCGCGCACGCCUUGUAUACCGUCGUUCGGGAGGAGGGCUUCGGUGCGCUCUACCGCGGUGUGAGCUUGACGGCCUUGAGACAAGGGACGAACCAGGCCGUCAACUUUACUGCGUACAGCUAUUUCAAGGAGUGGCUGAAGCAGUGGCAGCCGCAGUAUGAGGGCACGAAUCUGCCCAGUUGGCAGACUACGCUUAUUGGUCUUGUGUCUGGUGCGAUGGGCCCGUUGAGUAAUGCUCCUAUUGAUACUAUUAAGACGAGGUUGCAGAAGACGCCGGCUCAGCCUGGUGUGAGUGCUUGGGCGAGAAUAACGCACAUUUCUGCCGACAUGUUCAAGCAAGAAGGUUUCCACGCCUUCUACAAGGGCAUCACCCCUCGUAUCAUGCGUGUCGCCCCUGGCCAGGCUGUUACGUUCACCGUCUACGAAUUCCUGAGACAACAGCUUGAGAAGAGCAACCUCUCUUUCGUUGGUGGUAAAUACGAGGAAUAA